UCGAAUUCGGAUUUCAAGAGCUAUUUUUGGCUCUCACUGAAAGAUUUGCUGUUUUGUGCCAUUGCUUUUAGUUCACCUACGAAAAUGAAUUAGCGCUUAAAAAUAGACAUUCCUGUUCUUGCCUGUCAUUCGACGCUUUUGUUUAUUUAAACUUGAUUUUCAAUGUGUCAUAUUCGUUUUGUGAUUCUGUUCCUUUAUCUUUCUCAUGUACUUUACCUUUGAAAAAUUCCCAAUAUCUAGUUGUAAGGUAUCCAUUCUUUGCGUAUCAUUGGUAUUCUCUUUGCAGCGUCAGUAAGCUCAAAGUACUCAUAAAUGGUGUGGAAAUAGUUAAACCCGGGAGUAUCUCCCAAACAAAUCAGCGUUUGGUUGUGCCAAGUUAAGAUGGAAACAUGUGAUAUCAUGUUCCCUGCCUCUGUUUCGGUGACCCCCAAUGGAAGACGACCGCUGUUCUAGUCUAUCUGAUUCUGAGGAGGGUCUUUCUUUGCAGCAUAGCUCAAUGGCACGCUUGAAACGAGAGAAUUUCCAGAGGCGCGCUGCAGCAAUUAGGUUUUUGACCAGCAUCUCCCUAGAUGGAUCAGAGUCACAAAAGCAACAAAAAAAAGAAUAUGUUUUUGAGGAAGAGGUAGAUGAAGGUUCAUCUGAAGAGGAGCUGAAUGUCGUGAUCAGCCAGGUGGCCGGUAGCACUGUCAUCAUAGAGCCACCAACGUUGCGGAAGAUUGUGCGGCAGUUGGGUGUAACCCCAGCGGAGUUGAGUAUGGGCAUCCCAGCCAGCACCAAACUAAGCUGUAGUAGUUUAUCCAAGGUUGCCGAGUUGGAAGGAGGACGCUGUUUUGCCACCACCAGCUUCAGAGAACGUGUAAAUACAGUCGGUGGUGAUGGUGCUCCAAGAAGUCGCAAAAUCCUUGGUUUUCGGAAGAAAGGUGUCCCUAAUCAAUCCUCUAUUUCAGACGAACGAGCCCUUCACCCAUUCAGUAGCAGUGAAAGCCUUGGCUCUGGAGGACUAGAUGCGUUUUCAUUUUUAAAGAGUAAUUUUGUUUCAGUGCGCAACAAAAGUGCUACAAUAUGUGAGGUGCCACACAAACAGGAUGUGGAUGUUGUCCGCCCAGAGUGGGGUAUGAAACUCGAUAACCGCCGUCUAAUUCUUGUCUCACCUCAUAAGUUUCCAUUUGGAAUUUUCUCAUCUAUCCCCUUUGACAAGGCCUCCAGAGAACCACGCAAAGAUGAGCGUGGUAGACGCAGAAACACCUCCAGUAAUCGUCCCUUAUCUUUGGACAACCUUGAUGCUUUCCACAUGCUUUGCAUCGAAAAAGGGGCUGAAGGUCAAGAAAUGUCUUAUGCUCGCUUUCUUCAUCAGUCUCAUAACCAGGAAACGGGACGUGGCCGGAAAGCAACCAGCAGCUCCAUCUCGGGGAAUGCUGAAAUUUCUAAAGAAUGGGACAGUCCGAACUUCUACGCCCCCAACUUAUUAGAUGAUCCAGAACUAAUAGCAGGGAAACAUAGCACACUAAUUACGUUCACAUCUUACUGUACAUCCAUCAUCGAAUAUGUUCGCUCUGAGGAUCUUAAGAAAGAGCUCAAUGACAAGUUCAAGGAGAAAUUUCCGGAGGUCCAGCUUACGCUCAGCAAAUUAAGGAGCCUCAAACGCGACAUGCGAAAAUCAGUGAAACAAGAUGCUGCAGACUUACUUACAGUUGCCCAAGCCUAUGUCUACUUUGAGAAGCUCAUUCUGCGCAAUUGCAUCAACAAAGAGAACCGCAAACUCUGUGCAGCUGCAUCUUUACUACUAUCUGCUAAACUGAAUGAUGUCAAGGGUGAGAACCUCAAACAGCUUAUGGAGCGCAUGGAGAGUGUGUUCAGGCUGACAAGGAAAGAUAUCAUUGCCUGUGAGUUUGCAGUGUUGGUGGCACUGGAAUUUGGACUGAUCAUCCCCGUGUCUCAGAUCAUGCCGCACUACCAACGUUUGAUGCUCAAUGAAACCUGACAGCAGCUCAUUGUUCAUUCACUAACUGUCAGGAGCUUAUAGCAGCGACAGUUUAUAAUGUCGAAGAGCUCAUAUUCACGGCUCCCGGCAUUAAAAGAAGAGUAUACUGUAAACGACUUAAGCUCUUAGAUUUUAUUUUAUUGAGGCUGUGACUACAGAUGCACUUUUACCAUUAUGAUUCUCCUUACCGACAGUGAAUUUUUUAAAUCUUGGGGAAAAUGAGGUUCUAAUUUCGCUCAUCAGUGACAAAAGGUCAGUAAGAAAAAUAAUAAUUUCUUCUGCCAAAGAUUGCAAAUUGUAUGAAAUUUAUCAUUUAAAUAGGUAGUGUAAAUAGGAGAUGAGUAAUGUAGAGUCCACAGAAAAAAAUUAUUUUUCUCUAAGAGGUCAACAUAAGUAAGAAAUCUGUCAACAAUGGUUUGACUUAAAUUUUCAUGGGCUGUCCUAAAAGUUCUGCAUUGGUCUACCGUAUGAGCCAAUAUAAAGAGUUAGCAAGUUGCCAUUGCUGUAAAUAAACUUACUAUCAACUUGUUGCUCUAAUUUGUUUAAAAUUGAUGGAGGAACAUCGUUUUUCUAAAGAUGUGUUGUGCGGACAUCUACCAAAUUCCAGAAAUGUUUAAUAGGAAAAAAAAAAUGAAGAAUAUUCAAAUAUCAGAUGUGUGAAUGAAGAAACUUUGUUUUUUCAGUAAAGUUUGCAUACUUUACUGCUCCUCAUCGGACACUUCUGAGCUUCUUCCAUCUUCUUCAAGGUAGAUUCCUUCUGCCUUGAUACACAGUGAGUGGUCUUCCCAUUUGACUAGAGUCGUUUUGCUGAAAUCCUCAUGUAGGUACAUAAAACUUUGUAUUUAUAAUUUCAUCUACAUCAUCAUCAGGAAUAAAUAUCCUGCCUUGUAAACAUUUUUUCCACAGUGGGAAAAGCCACAUAUCACAAGGUGCAAGAUUUAGGUCGUAGGUGAAGUGGCGAAGGAUUGUAAAUUCUUAUUUUUUCUGCAACCAAAAAGUCUUAAUAUCUGGUGAGGGUCUGCGCAACAUGUCUUCUAGGAAACGCUAUAUCUAGGUCAUUUUUACACAAAAUUUGCUCAACAAGGGCUCAUAAUGUGAGCGUUUAAUCUAUAGAACCCUGCAACCCGCAACUGGCUACCUUUUUUUGUUGAUUCAUCCAGUGGAUCAAUGCAAAACUCUUGGGACAGCCCAUGUAAAUAUGAACGUAUCUCAAAACUUUUUAUGCAAGUUGAAUAAAAAUUGACAAGUUUCUUCCUAUCUUUAUGGUAUUUGGAGUAAACUUUUUCAUUACUGAUGGGUUGAGAUUUUAAUCAUUGUUGGUUAUAAAAGAAGAGCAUGUUAAAUUCUGAAGGAAAAAAUUAAAAACUCAUGUAUUUUUACGGGUAGUAAAAGUAAUAAUUUACUCCAGAAUCUAAGUGAAUGGUCUAAAUUAUGAAAUAAUAUUAAGAUCAAUGAAAUUUUUCACUUCUGAGCUAAGCCCUAAAACAUGUAGAUGAGGCGAAUAUGCAGUAUCACAUAGGGUGUUUCUAAAAAAAAUGCAUAGCCCGUCUGAAUUUUUUCCGAAGUUGAGACAACACACAGCCCUGGAAUUUUCUGCACUUGGAGCCUCAAUUUAUUUGAUCACUUUAAUUUUUCACCUCCUUGAAUCAAAUGGUUGAAUUGGAACUAUCAAUUUAAAACAAAUUUGAGACAAGCAAUGCAUUAUUUUUGAAUCCGUUGCUGAAACAUAACCAACCAAUUAAAGUGCCUCAUUGAUUAACAUCAAGCAGAAGUGACAAUACUUGAAUUUUUUAUCCCCUCUGGAUGCAAGCAGAAUUGCACUCUUAUUAUGUGCUAAAAUUUUGUACAAAACACAAAAAUGUACUUUAAACUGUUGCAAGCGCAGAGAUGAAUUGUACUUACCUGUUGUAGAAACUUUUUAAAAGAAUUUUAUGACCAUUAAAUGUAAGUUUUAAAUAAUUUGAAAAAUAACAGAUUUAAAAAUAAAAAGCAACAGAGUCCAUUCCAUUGGGCAAGUGGUUGCAGAAAUGUCACAACAUUACGUCUGACAGUAAUGUUGUAGCGAUGUUUUCUUAACACUAUUUUUAGUCGUUGACAAGUGGGUUAUUUCUUCUCAAAUAUGUUAAAUCCCAAAUAGUGUCAAUCAGUAAGUCUUGAAACGUUCUAACUUCAAAGAACGAUCUCAGGCACAGAAUGAAAGUACUUAACUUUAUUUGGGAAAUUGAUCCAUUGUAUUUUUAGCCAAACGUUAUUUAGGUAUGAAAUAUUGAAUAAAGAGACAACGAUUCAGACCACUAGUGCCAUGAUUUGCUUUCGCAAGUCUGUAAAAAUCUAGUCAAAUGUUUUAUUUAAAAAUGUGCAAAAGCUAAAGAAAACAAUAUGUUUUGUGUUCAGAUAGAUUCUCCCUUCUUUUUCAGCCCAGGUUUGAUCAAAUAAAUGAAAUCUUAUGAGAACUGAAACAUCUCUGUGCGCUUUGUCAUUGGAUGUGCAAUAGUCAUGUUAAUUUAUGUGCAUAGCGAUAAUGGAUCUGACAACCUCUUUAUCUCAGUUUCAAAGUUUGCAAAAUGAUCUUUCUUACUUUAUUUUUUUAAAAAAAGCUAAGCCAUAUUUUUGCAUGAAAUUCUCUGCGGUUAGUUUAGAUAGCCCGAGGAAAAUCAUGAAAAUUUUGUAAAUUUACUCUUUUCCUUAUUGACUCAAGGUUUUCUAGUUUUACCAUCAAGAAGCAUAUUUGUUCACUGCACCAACCAGAAAAUCUAUAGGGUGAUCCAAAAGCUGUGUAACAUUCGUAUAACUUUUUUCAGUUUUUUGCCUCUUUCAGGAUAGUCUCCCUAAAAUUUUGAGGGGUUCACAAAGUCGCUUCUUUCAACUUAGGAUCGCUUACAAAAUUUCAAGUCUCUAUCUAAAUUUGCUCAAAAGUUACAGGGAUGAUGUCGGGUGCCGGUAGUUUUGGACUUUUUGGAUCAUCCUGUAUUCAGUAAAGUACAUUCAUUUAAAUGUUUCUCUGCGGCUGAGCUUAUCUCAACAUUUUUCGUUUUUAAGGAAGAAUUUAUGUAUGUACUUAAUAUUUAUCAAUGAUGAAAGCAAACUUAUAAGAUACUUUUAGAAUAAACAUUCAAUAUGCACAAAUUAUGGUCUUAGGUAGGCAAAAUGUGCUUUUCUUUAGUGUGUAGAAUUAGUAAAUGAAAAUAUGUAGAUCAUAGUCUCCUUUUUGUUUGCUCAAAAGUUGAAAUCAAUUCAAAAGAACUGCUACUUGUCGAAUACAAGAAUUUCCUUAUUUAUAAUUGAAUUUUUUUUUUUUUUCUUUUUUUGGUGCUUGCAAGGAAAUUCCAAAAGUUUGGUAUGAAUGAUCGAAAACUUCCAGCAGAGUGUGCAGAAACUUUCGGACCUCGUGACUUGACCAGUCAUGUGAAAUGGAAGAACCACUGUAUGAAUAGAAAAAGGGAAAAAAUGAGAGAGCCCUGUCAGAUCUUUCUCGAAAUGUUCGUUUUUGCAACAUGUUGUCGGUGGAAAAGUCUAAAUUUUUAAAGGAAAGGGCUCUCUUUUUAGUUUUUAGUUUUCAAGGGGAACUGGUCCUGAAUUUUGAUUAAAAAUAGGGGAAGUUCAAGCUAACUUUGGGAAAGCUUGGAACUUUCUGCAUCUCUGCUUCUGCCUAAGUAUCACCAGUACUUGUUAGGAAAACAAAAACAAGACUUGUUUCAGACCACAUUCUGCCAAUUUUGUGAUGAUUUUGUACUUAAUCUGAAAUCCUUACAUUAAACCAUCUUUUAAAGGUUGGUUUUGAUUAAUUUAAGAACAAUGGUAUGACAGAAUGUAGGGCAUUUGCCAUUCUCCUGAUUUCUAAAUGAAUCUUUUUUUUCUUUCUUGGUUUGAAAUCACAAACUGUCUCUGGUUUUUCUAGAGGGUUGAGGGCUGGAUUCUGUAAAAUGAACAGGUUUCAAAACUGCCGCAGGCAAAUACACCAACCAAGAGAAUGAGUAAAUCAAGGAACGAUCCCUCUCCUCUUAUUACUGAUCAUGUCAUAAUUAAUGUAUGUGAUAAUAAUUUCAUGUGCUCCACUUUCAAACGAUUAUUCUUCUAUCUUUCGAUGCUUUUAAACUUAGAAACAGUUUUUAAUUUGUAGAUACCACUUUUAACAAGAUACUGAUUCCUAAACUUUACAGGCAUCAUACUUCUUCACCCUAUAAUGAACUUACGAAACUUGUGUACUUAACGAACUUGGUUUUUUAUGAAGGGUAGUAGUCAACCCUCUCUUGUUUUACUUCGAUUUCAGGUGCUCCGAACGGUUCACCAGCUCAGGUAGCAUUUUUAUCAUUGUUUAUUUGUGUGAGAUUGUACGUAUGUGCAUGGGUGUUUGUGCGUGCGUCUGUUGAAGGGAGUGCAUGACAAGCUCAUGAAUGCAUAAACUCCUAGUUUUUUAGUUGAACUGGAAAGAAUGUUUUGCUCUUUAUAUUUAGCUGCAUAUUUCCUCCUGAGCUCAUCUUCUCAAUUCCUGUCACAAUUUUUACUUGAUCCUUUGAUUAAAUUUGUCCCUCUUAUUGUUUCAUUUUUUCCCCACCAAAAAGAAGCCAAGUGGCAUACAGGACUGUAUUGCGUGUAUUACAGCUGAGGAGGCUUUUUCAGGUGUAGUUAGUAAUUAUAGUUUUAUGAGAAGUUAAAAAUUAGUUCAGGAAAAGGAAACAAAACUCUUGUCUUUGAAUUUUUGAUACAAGAAUAUUGAUGCCUAGUUGAAUUCAAAACUAUUUUGAACAUUUUUUUUUUUUUUUGUCUUUUUUUCUUCAAAAACUCGACUUGUUGCAUUUCUGUUAAAGACGGUCGAGAUCAAGUUUUCAUUAUUCUCUUGUUUUUAAUUUUUAAAUACCUAUCUUAAAUUUUAGCUUAUUCUUCAUUUUCUCAACAUCCUUUCUCAAAGUGUUCAAGCAUACCUACUUUUAUGCAUUUAUGUGUUUGUGAUUGAUGCACUCCAGUGCGAUAUUCUCAAGUUCCAAUUUUAAGCCUGAACAUUGUUUUUUAUUGAAUUGUUAAAUUGUCUUGAAUGUUUUAAAAUUAAAGGUUACAGUCUCUGUUGUUUAUUGGUUUGUGAAACUGACUUGUAUUGCACUUUUAAAAAUAUUGCCAUAAAGAAAUAUUUUUGUUUUAAA